GCUGGAGUGAGAAUAUAGCUUAAAUACGCCAUUAAUGAUUUCGUGAAAGAAAUUAAUUAUUCUCGAGUGGCGGGCCUUAUUAAAUUUCCGUGGCUCCCUGAAAAUGAAAUAGUGAAAUUGGCUAAAAGCUUACAAGCGAUCAAGAAGAUCUGGCCCUUGAUUCUCGGAGAAGAAAUCAAAACCAGGGGCCGGUAAUAGUUAAGAUCACUGACCCGGAUGCUCCAAGACGGAAAAUGAGAAAGGAUAGGGGCUCUUUUGAAAAUUAACUUAAUUUCUAAAAUAGGAUAUUCUGUGAUUUUCUCCGAUCUAACCCUUCCAUUUCCAUAAGGGAGAGAAGAUACAAACGCAGAGGAAGAUACUCACAUAUAUCCAAAAUUUGAUUUGAAAAAAUAUUGUAAGCGAAAAAAACGGUGUCGUUAAGUGAAAUUCCGCCUCUCAUCCACCGGCGUAAGUUAGGUUUCCGCCAUCGUUGACUCCUUAUUCAGGUGUAAAGAGACCGCCUAUAGACUAUUGGGAGAAUGGAAUCGGAGGCUUCUCAAUUAUCAAGUGGUACAAGCUUAAAAGCUCCAGAUGUCCAUGCUGCUCCCGGGAUAGAAUCUGUUCCUGAUAAUUCAGCUUCUAGAGCCUCUGCAUCUGGAAUUUCCAGUUGGGCAAAAAAUUUGAAAAUUCCUCAGUCAUUGGUGGGAUCUCAAAGUGAAUCAUCACCCACUGAGAAUUCUGGAAAGUCACCCUUUGCCCGUUUCACUAGUGGAUUUGGAUUGCGUUUAUCUCCAAAGUCUUCUCAGCAAGAAGAAAACUCUGAUGGAACGCCAACAACAUCGCAGUCUGGUUUUAUUGGGACAAUCACUAAAGGAAUCGUGGAUUCAUCAAAGAGUGCAGUGAAAGCUGUGCAAGUCAAGGCUCGGCAUGUUGUCUCUCAGAAUAAAAGAAGAUACCAGGAAGGUGGGUUUGACUUGGAUAUGACUUACAUAACUGAGAAUAUAAUUGCAAUGGGUUUUCCCGCUGGUGACAUUAGUUCUGGCUUUUUUGGCUAUGUUGAGGGGUUUUACCGAAAUCACAUGGAAGAAGUGAUCAAAUUCUUCGAAACAUAUCACAAGGACAAGUACAAGGUGUACAAUCUUUGUUCUGAGAGGUUGUAUGAUGCAUCAUUGUUUGAGGGAAAGGUGGCUAGUUUCCCUUUUGAUGACCAUAAUUGCCCCCCUAUUCAACUCAUCACAUUGUUUUGUCAAAGUGCAUACUCAUGGUUGAAGGAGGACAUUGAAAAUGUUGUGGUUGUGCACUGCAAGGCUGGAAUGGCAAGGACAGGAUUGAUGAUUUCUAGCCUUCUUUUGUACUUAAAAUUCUUUCCCACAGCUGAGGAGUGUAUUGAUUACUACAACCAGAAGAGAUGUAUUGAUGGAAAGGGCCUUGUUUUACCUAGUCAAAUUAGAUAUGUCAAGUACUUUGAACGUGUUUUGACUUACUUCAAUGGAGAAAACCAGCCAGGGCGCAGGUGCAUACUCAGAGGAUUUCGGCUUCAUCGAUGUCCUUAUUGGAUCAGACCUUCAAUCACAGUCUCUGAUCAUAAUGGGGUUCUGUUCUCGACAAAGAAACAUCCAAGAACCAAGGACCUUUCGCCUGAAGUUUUUUGGUUUAGUGCCCCUAAGAAAGGGAUAAUGGUUUUUGCUCUUCCUGGGGAGCCUGGCCUUGCAGAAUUGGCUGGGGACUUUAAAAUACAUUUCCAUGACCGCCAAGGAGACUUUUACUGUUGGCUCAAUACGACGAUGAUGGAAAACAGAAAAGUACUUAACACAAGCGACCUUGAUGGUUUUGACAAAGUAAUGACUAAGGUUUUGUUGUCUUUUCACUUUUGGCUUAUUAGAUUCAUCCAAUUUCAAUAUUUGUUUUUGCGAUUUGUGCAGAGAAAAUUGCCAUCACCGGGAUUCCAAGUUGAAGUUGUGCUUGUGGACUAUGAUUCUUCUGUUGUCCCAAGGCCUCCAGCAGAAAAUGCUACUGAAAAAGUUGCUGAAAAUUCUGGCACCCAAGCUGUUUCACAACCGAAUUCUAGGAAUGAUGAGGCAAAGAAUGUCAGCAAAUUGGAUAAAACCCCGGAGAGCAGGGAUAAAGAUGAUGAUGUGUUCUCAGAUGGCGAAGUGGAUGAAACAGGAUCGAAAAGCAAGCAAGUUAAUGCAUCAUCUGAAAUGAGGAGAAAUGCUGAUAUAAAGAUUGUUGGGUCAAACAAUGAUUCGAGCGUGGAUGAAAGUAAACAAAUAACGCAUGAAACUGAGCAUUUGUCGUUGGGGGGCGCCAGUUCUGCCCAGAAUGAGCCUCGAAAGGAUUCCAUUACAGCUGCUUCGCCAGAGGCUGGGGUUUCUAACUCAACAGCAGAUAUUAGUGAAUUCAAAGCUAUGGCUGCAGAUGCUUCUGUUUUUACCUUUGGGGAUGAAGAUGACUAUGAAAGCGAUUGAUUCAGGAUUAAUCUUCUGUCACAUUGUAGUCCGAAUGUACAUAACCACUGUUGGAUUUGGUCCUUUUACUUCCCAACUUCAUGGCUACUAGCACUAGUCUAGCAGGCAAUUGUUGAUUCAUUUUCGCGCGGUUUCAUUUGUUUUGUUGUUAGUAAUUUCACGAAUGGUUAAUCGCAGUCUUUUAGCCGUGUCGCGGCUACCUGAUGUAAGGUAUGGCAUGAUUUGAUUUGUGUAAUUUUCCAAUAAAGAAAUAAAACAUAAAAAAUUGCACAUAGUUUGAAGUUACUAUCUUCCGAGUGCUGCUGUCUCAGUAGUCGCCUAUUCAAAUUCAAGUUGAUAAGGUUCACCAAAUUCCGGGCUAACCUUUUUUGUCAAGUGGUGGUGAAGUUUCUCAACGGGCAUUGAUGUGAAAUUUGCAGUAAAGACUGAGCACGUAUUAGUCGUUUUUUAUUGGCAGAAGACGAGAAAAUCUGAAUAGAUGUUUUAGUGACUGGAUUAAUGAAUUAAUCAGCUUGAUUAAAUGUAUUUAGUCUGUGUUCUAUAUAGAUAUAUAUGAUCAUAUAUGUCACUAUCGUAAUUUUGUCAGUUAUAAUGGUUUUGUUUUCACUGUAAACCUUUUAUCUAAUGUAAACAAAUGAUGUACUCAACAAGUUUUCCAUCUCCC